GUAUGAGGUCUACAAGCGAACCUCCUGUCCCCCUACCCCACAACCGUUUGAACAAACCUGUGUGCUGGGAGACGUCAGCCUGAUCUACAGUGGCCUGCAACUGACCCAUGUGGCUGGAGCCUUGAGUCCCUACACCGCCUACGACUUCCAGCUGCAGGUCUACAACGACAAGGGAGGUGUGGACUUCCCGCUGUGGCUCACCGUCAACACCUCAGAAUCUGGCCCUAGCUACAGCCAGACACCCAACCUGUACAAGAAUGGAACUCUUGCGGUGAUAUCCUGGGACACCCAUUCAGUCUCAAGUAGACUGAGGAGGUCACAACACUUGGUGGCAGAUGGCAGAUUUUUUUACAGAGGGGGGGUCUCUGGGGUUUGGGUGGAUAGAGGGACAGACAAAGGAUCAGAGUAUGUAGACACUACUUUGAUCAACUUCACCAUCACAGUCAUCACCAGCUUUGGCCAGGCAGAAUCUCCAGUCAUUGUGUUUGAUCCCAAUGCUGUUGACAACACAGGCACCACCCCGAAGCCCCCGGCUCCAGCAUCAGCAAGUGCAACUCCCUUCUAUCAGGAGAUCUGGUUCAUAGCCCUCAUGUGUGUCCUGGCUCUCAUCAUCUUGUUCCUGAUACUGGUCAUCUGUAUCUGGCGCUGCGGCUCCCGGCGGCCCUACAUGCGAGAGAGGAUGCCGCUACAUCAGCCAUCACGGGACAGGCUCACUCGCAGAGACUUGUAUGUUGUAGAUUCUAGAGAUGGCAGCAUUAUCCAUGAAAAUGUAA